AUGGCCGCAGGCGUGAAGGGUUGUAAGCGUCAAUCUUCGUUGCGAAACUCGAUAUCGACAUACGCUGUGGUCGGUGCCUCUAGAGGUAUUGGUCUCGAGCUGGUCCAUCAACUAUCGUCCAAUCGAGACAAUGUCGUAUACGCCAUUGUGAGGAAGAAGGCAACAGCGACGCAUCUGACGAAUAACCUUGUUUCCACGCUUCCAACCGGAAAUGUGCAUAUAUUUGAGGCAGACGUUGCCGACCAUCGUGCUCUGGAGGCCGUUGCCAAGCAGGUGACGCAGAUUGGUGGAGGAGCUUUUGACGUACUCAUCCAUAACGCUGCACGCAUGGAAGGCGUAAAUCUAUUUCGAGGGCUAAUGGAGUACGAGGAUGAAGACACAUCAUACAAGGUCAACGUACUAGGCGUCAUUCCUUCCGUGAAUGCGUUUCUGCCCCUCCUCCGUCGUGGCACAAUGAAGAAGGUCGUCAUCAUCGGCAGCGAAGGCGGCAACCGUGAUUUCGUGUGGAAAAUGCGUGUCAGCAGCGUGGCAGCGUAUGGCACGACUAAAGCCGCGGAGGCGAUGGUCGCGAUGAAGUACGCUGCCUUGCUCGAGUACGAGGGCUUCACAGUGGUGACUCUGAGUCCUGGCGUGGUGGACGUGUCCGCGAUUGCGGUGGAUAAUCCUACACGGGAUGAUGCAGCGAAGGAAAUCAUCGCGGGGCUGGUGGCAAGACUCCGACAGACCGUGCCAGACUUCAGAACUUUGACUCCAGAAGAGUCGGUCAAACGCCUGCUUGCGACCAUUGAGUCGACGGGACCGGCUAAGACGGGCUCUUUCCAAUCUGUGAUGCAAUCCUAG